UGUAUGUCAGAUGACCUUCUUGCAAGAAUAAAUGAUCAAAGACAAUUCUUGGUUGGUUUGCAUUUCACCCUCACCCGUAAUAGGUUAGAUAUAAUUAAAAUAUAAAAAUCAUUUCUGAACAUACAGUUUCAAGACAAAAGAUACAAUGAAGUUCAUUGUGUGUCUGAGUGGUCUUCUGCUGAUCUUUCUGCUUCCUCAUUGGACACAAAGUUUGGAGAAUGAAGCAGUGGACAAGGAAACUCUCGCCAAGAUUAUAAACUUCUUUGAGCAGAACUAUAAGAGAGUUGAUGCUGAUGGUCAGCCCCGUCAGUACGCGACAGCCAUCAACGUACCAAAAGCUCAAUGUCAAGCCAGCUUUAAUCCUUCACAGAAAAACUUUCUGACUCAGGAAGAGGCACAAAAUGUAAAAAAUGUCAUUGGCGAUGAGUCCACUGCACUUUACCAGGGUAAACAGCUUAUAGCGGCAGGAAAUAGAGAAAAAAUAAUAAAAAAAAAUAAAAAAAUACUAAUUCAUUCUGAGUCUCUCUUACUAAACCCCCCUGACAAUUCACCCAUGACAAAACUCUUAAACAAAAAUAAACAAGACUGCAGUAUUUUCUAUACCUUUAACUCUCCGUGUGUUGAUACGUGUCUCAAAGAGCAAGGCCCAUAUAGCAUCCUCAAAGCUCUUGAUAGCUGGAGCAAACACAGUGGAAUUAAAGCUUUUGUUUUUAAAGAGUUCUGGAAGUUUGACAAAGAAAAAGAUCUUAAGAGCAAAUUUAAGCUUGUUGCAUCACGUGUGCCUCUUUAUCGCUGUGUGAGUGAGACCGAGUGCCAUGCUUGUAAAGGAGAAGGAAACACCCCCAUCGAUGAGAACUGUCUCCCACCAAAAACAAACAGGCCAUGAGUUAUCGUGAUGGGUGAAGUGCAUUGGCGAUGGUACUAAAAUGUCAUGAUUAUGCUUAGAUCAUCAAAUGAUUGUAAUUGUAAUUGAAAAGUAAUAUAAAACAACGUAAUUUUCACUGCAUUGAAUUACGAUGAAAAACAACAGGGAAGUGCACACUGUGCACAACCUAUUUCCCUCACUUUGUACUAUAGAGACCUAUUCAUGUUAAACAAUGACUUUUGUAUCAUUUAAUGUACCUGAAAUUAAA